UAAAAAAUUUAAGUAUAAAUAAAUAAAUAAAAAAAUGUUGCUUCUUAUAAUCACUUGUGUUUCUUUAUUAAUAUUGAAAAUUUUACUCGACUGGAAAAGAGGUCCAAAUUUUCCACCUGGACCUCGUGGUGUGCCACUAUUGGGAAAUAUGUUGGACAUGAAAAAUUUAAUGAAAGAAUCAAAAUUUUUUUCUGUCGCCAUUUCAAAAUUAACAGAAAAAUAUGGACCAGUUGUUGGUCUUAAAAUGGGUCUUGCCGAGCCAUUUAUUUUAGUUUCGGGACGCGAUGCAAUUGUCGAAAUGUUAACACGUCCUGAAUUUGAUGGAAGACCCGAUACCUAUGCAUUUCGUUUUCGUACAUUUGGCAAAAGACGAGGAAUGGUUUUUACCGAAGGCAAAGUUUGGAGUGAUCAUCGAAAAUUCGCUCAAAGAAGUUUAAAAGAUUUGGGUAUUGAAAGAAGUACAAUGGAGGAUUUAAUUUUGGAAAACGUUCAUUCUCUAAUGGAUACACUUGAAAAAAAUUCGACAAAUGGAAUAAUUAAAAAUUUCUCCAAAUACUCGAGUGUAUCGAUUUUAAAUAAUAUUUGGAGUUUAAUUGGUGGCACAAAAUUGUCCGAUGAUAAUACAAAAUUACAGGAAGCUGUAGAGAUGCUGUACAAUCUCGCGAGGCACACCAGUGCAUCAGGUGGUCUUCUCGAUCAUUUUCCCUUUUUAAGAUAUUUUAUGCCUGAAAUUAGUGGAUAUAAUGCCCUAAAAGAGCGCCAUAGAGGAAUUAAAAGAUUCCUCGAGGUGGAACUCGCUAGACAUAAAAACAUGAAAGAUGAAAAUAUUCACAAUGACAUGAUAACUGCAUAUUUUGAAGAAAUUGAAAAGAAAAAAAAUGAUCCCACAUCUUCUUUUGAUGAAUUAGAGCUUUUUGCCUUGACCAAGGAUUUUUUCUCAGCUGGUUUGGAAACAACGAAUAAUAGUCUUGGUUUUUUUGUAUCAUACAUUGCUGUUAGAAAAGAUAUUCAAAAACGAAUACAAGAUGAACUUGACAAUGAAAUUGGACGAGACGCUCGACCUUCUUUAAUUUAUAGAAACAAUUUGCCUUAUCUAAAUGCAACAAUAGCUGAAGUAUUGAGAAUUUCACAUGUUGCACCAACGACAGUACCACAUAGAGCAUUGAAAGAUUCAACAUUAUUUGGUUAUGAAAUAAAAAAAAAUUACACACUUAUUGCUAAUUUAGUGAGUCUUCAUAUGGACAAAGAACAUUGGGGUGAUCCAGAAAUAUUUAGACCCGAGAGAUUUAUCAAUGAUAAAGGUGAAUUUGUCGAGGACUCAUGGUUAAUGCCCUUUGGAACAGGUCGACGAAGAUGUAUUGGAGGAAGUGUAGCAAAAAAUAGUUUAUUUCUAUUUACAGCCAGUCUUUUGCAAAAAUACAAUUUUUCAUUACCGCCUGGCGAACCUCUUCCCUGUCUUACAGGUAUCAAUGGAAUGACAUCAGCUCCGCCAAAUUGCAGACUUCUACUUACAAAACUAAUGUGGAUUCCUUUUUUGUGCUGUUUUUUUAUUCUUGUCUUUAAAGUAUUACUGGAUUGGAUCCGAGAAACAAAGUUUCCUCCCGGACCAAGAGGAUUACCAAUUUUGGGCAAUAUUCUCGAUUUAAAGAAACUUUUAAAUGAAAAAAAAUAUUUAUCCCAUGUCUAUAGAAAUUUAGCCGAGACUUAUGGACCAAUUGUGGGUUUAAAAUUGGGUAUUGGUCAUCCUAUUAUUUUGGUUUCCGGACGAGAUGCUGUUUUAGAAAUGCUGAGUCGUCCGGAAUUUGAUGGAAGACCUGAUACAUUUUCCCAUCGUUUUCGAACAAUGGGCGAAAGAAGAGGAAUUAUUUUUACUGAUGGAAAAAUGUGGGACGAUAAUAGAAGAUUCUCAUUGAAAUAUUUAAAAGAAUUUGGAUUUGGCAAAAGAUCAAUGGAGGAUUUAAUUUUGGAAAAUGCAGUUUCUUUGACAAUAAAGAUUGAGAAAAAAAUUGAACAGGAAAAUAUAAUCGAAUAUUUUUGUCAAAUUUCGAAUAUUGCUGUUUUAAAUAAUUUAUGGUGUUUUAUAGCAGGAACCAAAUUGAAAGAAGAUGAUCAUAGAGUAAAAGAAGCUUUGGACAAUUUAAAUGGAAAUACUAGAAAAAGUUCAGUAAGCGGUGUUAUUUUAGAUCAUUUGCCAUUUUUGAGAUUUAUUAUUCCAAGAUUAACGGGAUUUACUGAUCUUAAAGAACGUCAAAAUCGAAUGUGGAAUUUUUUCAAAGAUGAAUUAAACGCGCAUAAAAAUUCAAAAAUCGAAGGUUCUUAUCGUGAUUUAAUUGACGUUUAUCUCGACGAGAUAAAUGCACAAAAAAAGGAUUCAUCUUCAACAUUCAAUGAAUUCCAACUUUUGGCAUUGAUAAAAGAUUUUUUCUCCGCUGGCGUUGAAACAACAAAUAAUUCACUUGGUUUUGCAAUAACAUUUAUUGCAAUUAAUAAAGAGGUUCAGGAGAAAUUACACGACGAAUUAGACAAGGCAAUUGGACGUGAAUCUUUGCCAUCUCUCACUUAUAAAAAUCAGUUACCAUAUCUCAGUGCAACAAUUGCUGAAGUUUUGCGAAUAUCAAAUAUUGGCCCAACUACAAUAGCACAUCGAGCAGUUGUUGACUCAAAAUUAUUGGGUUAUAAUAUAAAAAAAAAUUAUGCUAUAUUGGCCAGUCUUGUUAGUGUUAAUAUGGACAAAAAUCAUUGGGGCGAUCCAGAAACAUUUAGACCCGAGAGAUUUAUCGAUAAAAAUGGUAAAUUCGUUGAUGACGCCUGGGCUUUGCCAUUUGGAGCUGGUAAAAGAAGAUGCCUAGGAGAAGUAUUGGCAAAACAUACUUUGCUCUUGUUUACUGCUUGUCUUUUACAAAAAUUUAAUUUUCAACUUGCACCCGGAGAAUCUACACCCUGUAUGGAUGGAAUUGAUGGUUUUGCUGUUGCACCUCCAAUUUGUCGAAUAAUGAUAACAAAACGUUAAAAACUCAAAUUAAAAAAAAAAAUAGUUUUAGAAAUUUGUAUUAAUCAAAAUUUAGGUUAGGUUAUAACUAGAGAAACAAAAGGAACUCGCCGUUGAUAAUUCUCAUUUUGAAAUGAGACAAAUUGACAAAUUCAAUAAAAUAAUUUAUAUCUAA